CUUGUCCCGAGCGGUGGCGGCUGCGGCGACGCCAGGCUCCAGAGGCGACCAGAGGCCGGCCCCGGCAGCGGUGGCGCCGCCCGAGCACGGAUUCUAUCAUAUUUUGACAGAAGGUUACUUACAAAGGAUGGAAGGCCUGCAGUGAAAAUAACAUUCGUCCUCUGCUUUCUGCCCACCCUUGGAGGGAUUUAACUAUCCUAAUUCUCCCAAGAUCACUUCAGAAAGUUUAGUAUCAUCUCAUGCACCUCUCGGCCCUUCUGUAUGCUUAGUAUGCGAAUAGCUCCUCUUCGCUAAUGAGAGGGAGAAUGGGGACCCAGGGCAGCCCGGUGAAGAGCUAUGAUUAUCUGCUCAAGUUCUUGUUGGUGGGAGACAGUGACGUGGGCAAAGGAGAAAUCCUGGAGAGCCUUCAAGAUGGAGCGUCAGAAUCGCCCUACGCCUACAGCAAUGGAAUUGACUAUAAAACCACCACAAUCCUCUUGGACGGCCGGAGAGUCAAACUGGAGCUGUGGGACACCUCUGGCCAAGGGAGGUUCUGCACCAUUUUUCGGUCCUACUCCAGAGGAGCUCAGGGCAUCCUCUUGGUAUAUGACAUUACCAAUCGCUGGUCCUUUGACGGCAUAGAUCGAUGGAUCAAAGAGAUAGAUGAGCAUGCUCCAGGUGUGCCCCGCAUUUUGGUUGGCAACAGGCUUCACCUGGCUUUCAAGCGGCAGGUACCAACAGAGCAGGCCCGAUCCUACGCAGAGAAAAACUGCAUGACUUUCUUCGAGGUCAGCCCAUUGUGCAACUUCAAUGUGAUCGAGUCCUUUACAGAGCUGUCUCGCAUUGUGCUGAUGAGGCAUGGCAUGGAAAAGAUCUGGAGGCCCAACAGAGUGUUCAGCUUGCAAGAUCUCUGCUGCCGCGCCAUCGUCUCCUGCACUCCCGUCCACCUGAUCGACAAGCUGCCCCUUCCUGUCACCAUCAAGAGCCACCUGAAGUCCUUCUCCAUGGCCAACGGCAUGAAUGCUGUCAUGAUGCACGGCCGCUCAUAUUCCGUGGCCAGCAGUGGAGGUGGGAGCAGCAGCAAAGGCAACAGCCUCAAGCGCUCCAAGUCGAUCCGCCCACCCCAGAGCCCACCGCAGAACUGCUCACGUAACAACUGCAAGAUCUCUUAGCGAGCCAGGGGGUGUCUCCCGCUGAACUCAUGUCGACACCUGCUUGCCAGCGUGCGGACUUUCACACCCCGGACCUUGUUCCGGCAGAAUCCUUUCCCAACAUGGCUCUGGCGGCAGCACCUAUGGGACUGGCCAAGAGCUUGUGCCCUGGUGUUCAGUUGACGCCAUGUUGUGGCGAGGGCAAGGCUGUGCUAAGCCAACCUUCCUUCAUCCUGAUUGGGGGAAUGACUGUGCUGGAGUGUGUGGAGGGGUGAUUCUUCUUCCUCUGACUUGGGGGAGGGUGGGGAGGGGUAAGAUGACUUUGUGCUGCAACUUUAACGUUUGGGCUCCCAAGCAGAAUUGCUGGUGCUACGGUGAACCUUGAAGCAAACCAAGUAGCCAUGAUCUGAAAAUUCAACCGGAUGGAGUCCUGUGUUUAUCCAACGGACUGUGGCUGGCUGGAAGUCCAUAGUAUGCAGGCCGCUUGACAUUUUCACCUAUUUAUAGAAAAAUUAUAUAUCUCACUACUGUUUUUAAAGGGGUUUUCUUUUUCCUUUCCUUUUUUGUUUUACAGAGGCCAUCAGGGAAAAUUUGUAUGCAGCCUUGUAAACAGAAGUGCUGAGCUUUGAAUCCUGGGGCGGGUGGGGUGGUUCACAGAAGGGGGGAGGUAACUGGCAGAGGUCAAGCGGCAGAAUGAUCAAAUGCUCCAAGAAUUGUAUCAGAGGCACAAGGUUGGUCUUGCAAUCAUUGUUUUAAAAAAAUUGUUGUUCCUUAUGUGAAAGGAAGGAGGGAUUAGUUUCUGUCAUUCUCCAGCUUAAUUUUCCAGAUGCUCUGGCUGAGGCAGGGAUGGAUAGCAAGGAGGCUCUGAAUGACGUUGCCAGGUCGACGUGGGAGGAGGGAGCUCUGGCCACAUCUGGGGCUUGUUAAUGGCUGAUAAAGGGGUUGCUCCGGAGACCGUCUUGCCCUCCAGAGCCUCUUGAGGAAAGGCUUGGCUGCCAAAGAUACCUAAGACUGAAAGUUGUGGCUUGGGGCCGUGGGGAGGGGGAGGUAACUUGUGCCACCAAAUGCUGAUUUUUAAUGGUUUGACACAGGGGAGAUGUCGGGCUCCCCAACAAAAUCACUUGUGCUGCACGUUCUCUGGCUGAACGGAAUUAAUUCCAUGUGCCAUUUCCUUUUGCUUAGUAGCCAGCAAUUUGCUUUGUGGCUCUCUGAAUCUGUCUGUCUUGCUCAGCUGCCGUAUUUAUACGAGUUCCCUAGGCUUGCAGGAUAGAGAGGAGCUGGGGGUGGGGACAGCCAAGAGAAACCCAGGAUUUUCCGGCUUCCCAAUAACUCUUUUCUGUUGAAGGAAGCUGUUUCUGAGUGUUGUGAGACUCUGUAGUUUGUGUGUGUGAGACGGAGAAUGAGCAGGAUUCUUGGCCUGGGAAGGCAGUGCUAGGCAAUAGAAUGGAUUGGGAUAUCAAACCCAGAACAGAGGUGGGCCUCUUUACUUUUGUAAACCAGGAGGUUUGUUGGAUGCUGAGUCGAAAAUCUCCACCCUCGGUGCCCUUUUGGUUCAGUUGGAUACUCUAGUUGUGGCUCUCGUAUUCUCUUUUCUGCUAGAUUGUGGAGGCUCUUAGAGUUGCCUGGCUUUGGAGAGGUGCUUGACCUCUGGCUGGAGUUGCUAAUAGCACCUUAGUGGCCAUCCAACAUCUGGGAAGUUAGUGAGAAAAGCUAGCUAGAUUGGGUGGGGGGCUUUAGGCACUUAACUGGUGACCUUGUAGCCCAUGAAAGGUGUUUUGGGGUCUUUGAUGUCUCCACCCCAUUGCCUUUUCCCUGUCCCCUUGAACUAGGCGAACAUCUCUUCCUGGGUGCCCCCCCCCAGCCAGGAUUGGCUGCCUUUGGCUGUGUCACAGAUCAGGAUGGGUGGCAUGAUGCUGCCGGAUGCUCAUCCUGCUGCUGACCACCCAUUUUGCUUGAGCGCCUUGAUGGGAGUCUGGCUGGCAAGGCUUGUGGCGUAUCGACCUCUCCAAGAUCACUUGGCAUGAAAGGCGAGCCGCUGAGCCUCCCCGCUGGCCUGAGCUCAAACAAACCAACGGGGAGAUAGGUCAAGGGCAGGGGAAAGCCUUUAGCGGCAUCUCCAUCAGGCUGGGAACAAAGCUGGAGCCAAAUCCAGGGCGAGUGGUGUGGAAGCUUAGAGAUUUACGGGGCAUGUCCGCACCAGCCACCUGUUACUGCUUGCUGAAAAUGGAGUGGGAGACGACCACUGACUCAAUGGCCUGGCAUUCUGGGGAUGUGCGCCGAACAGGUGAUCUCCAGGCAGCCCAUCUUUCCACUCCAGAUUUUAAAAUAGACACUUCCCAAAACAGCUAUAGAAUGUGCAUUGUUUUCUCUAAAGAAUUACAGGGAGCCCCCCGUCUUGCCUGGUAGGCUAUAAAUCCUCUCAUCAUAUUGUUUCUGCAGCAUUUGAAUAUAGUUUUGUACAUACUUGGCUGGAAGGAGGUGGCGGUGGGUCCUUUUUCUUACAGCAGGUUUGAAGAUGCUGUGCGUCACAAAGCCAUGUUCGAUUUACCUGUGUUUUCUGUCCAGCUGCCGCCUCCUCCUUUAAUUGUACGUGUGUACUUAUCAGCCUCACCUGAAAAUGCCUCUGAAUAUUUCUUCCUGCUCCUUUAUUUUCAAAUGGUGGCAAACGCGUAUGCUUGGAAUGAGAUUCUCUGGAAUGUCUGCGAAUUGCAGCAGAACUCUCUUACCCCUUUAUUUUUAUUUGCUUAAUAUUCAACUUUGAAAAUGUGAUCCGAUAUCAAACACUAGAAUCUAGCUGCUCUCCGACACUUGUACCAUUCCUCUGAUUUAAUUCCUUUGUACAGUAAAUGUCGUCGUUCAACUGAUACGGUUUUUAUAUAAAUUAAAAAAAAUCUUGUUUU